GGCGUCGACGUCGGCCAAAGUGUAUGCCCCCGGCGAUGGUAGGAGAAAAGAAAGAGUAGGCAUAUCGAGUGUGGACCCAGAAACCUGCGCGGCAGUCGAAGGCCGCGAUUCUAUCUGAACGCUAGUGGUGCAUAACAGCACACCAGUUACAUAUUUCAUUUUCAAUGUGCACGCUGCAAUCCUACUGAUUGGUCACGCACAAAGACGAAAAAGAGGAAAAAAAAUCGAGUGUCGCUGCAAUGAUAAUCAUCCGAUUUCACCGGCGGUGAGGAGAAUCUCAGAAUAGCGACGCGGGAAAGCUUAGUUCGUAAAGAGGAUGCGCGCGACAAUUUUCCGGAGCUGAGCUCACCAUAGACAAGCUCAUGUAUAGCUGUGUGCAAACUUGGCAGUGUACAGUGCAUCUCGAAAUACCGAUUACAUAUAAUCUAAAUCCCACCUAUCUCGGACGAAAGUGAAAUCAUGAUACGAAUGCUGUUUUUGCUGCUCACUUUGAGCGGCAAAACACUGCAAGAUCCAAUCUUCAAACCAUCGCCAAAUUUGGCGACAAGUGUCUUCAAAGGAUUACCAAAUUUACCGAGUUUGAAUAAAACUGCCGGCGAGACAAGAAUGGUUUAUUACCACGAGCAAGUUAUUGCUGUGGUGGAUGUAUUGAAUGGCCGGAAACUGCUUCACUGCGAGCUCAUCGAAGUAUAUGAACCAAAGGAAUCAGAGGGAUUAUUAAGGAAUCUUUCUGUAUCAUUCAGGCUGAACAAACUCACAUUCAAAGACAUUAUGAAGUUAAUGGAUAAGUGUGACAAAUUGGAUGAGAAUCCAUCAAGAGCUAUCAAUUUAGUCACUGCAAGUGCGGAAAAAGCUCAUGGUGGAAAUCCUUUACUUAUCGGAAUAAUUCCCGGAACAAAAUGGUGUGGAACUGGAGAUAUAGCAAAAAGUUAUCAUGAUUUAGGAACGCGAACGAGAGUCGACAGAUGCUGUCGAGCUCAUGAUCUAUGCCCCGUAAAAAUUAGAGCCUACAGGUCACGAUACAAUCUCACGAACAACUCGUUUUUCAGCAAAUCUCACUGUACUUGUGACGAGACCUUCUACAAUUGCCUUAAGAGCAUCAAUCACGUAUCUGCAAAUAUUAUUGGCAAUAUAUACUUUAACAUUGCGCAACCUCCAUGUGUAGAAGAUGAGACUAGUCGAAAGGACUCGAAAAAAUUUGUCCCUGCUAGAAGAGUAUUUUAAUCUUAAAGAAAUUUUUUAUAAAAAAUUGUGAUAUAAUUAGUGUUAAUUAGGUGGUGCUAUUUAUUAAUUUCACUUACUUUCCCUUUUGGUACAUCACGUUUACAUCACGUUGUUUUGUUAAAUGAAUUGAG